AAAGCUGCUGGAGGUGAAGAACCUAUCCCGGAAGGAAUUUGGUGGCUUCUCUGCACUGGUGACAUACCAAAUGAGAAACAGACGUCGGCUAUCACCAAGGAGUGGAACGCUCGUGCCGAUCUUCCAGCUCAUGUUGCUCGCAUGCUGGACAACUUUCCCGACAACCUCCAUCCUAUGGCCCAAUUUGUGGCAGCGAUUGCCGCUCUAAACAAUGAGAGCAAAUUCGCGGCUGCUUACGCUCGUGGUGUUCCCAAGAGCAGUUAUUGGGAGUACGCCUACGAGGACUCGAUGGAUCUCCUAGCAAAACUGCCCACCGUGGCUGCAAUCAUUUAUCGCAAUCUCUAUCGUGAUGGCUCAGCUGUGGGAGUGAUUGACCCGAAAAAGGAUUGGUCCGCUAAUUUCUGUUCUAUGUUGGGAUAUGAUGAUCCUCUUUUCUGUGAGUUGAUGAGGCUUUACCUCGUUAUUCACUCGGAUCACGAAGGUGGCAACGUCUCCGCGCACACCUCUCAUCUCGUUGGUUCCGCUCUUUCGGAUCCUUAUCUCUCAUUUUCUGCUGCGAUGGCAGGUCUUGCUGGCCCACUGCACGGACUUGCUAACCAGGAGGUAUUAAUUUUCCUCAACAAGAUUGUUAGCGAGCUUGGGUUCAAGUACAGUGAAGAGCAGUUGAAGGAAUGGGUAUGGAACCACUUGAAGAGUGGCCAGGUUGUCCCUGGUUAUGGUCAUGCAGUGCUACGGAAGACUGAUCCUCGUUAUGAGUGUCAGCGUCAAUUCGCUUUGAAACAUCUUCCCAAGGAUGACUUAUUCAAACUUGUAUCAACUCUUUAUAAGAUCACGCCAGACAUUCUGCUUGCCCAGGGCAAGGCGAAGAAUCCAUGGCCGAAUGUUGACGCUCACUCUGGUGUGCUGUUGCAGUACUUUGGAAUGAAUGAAAUGUCGUUCUACACAGUAUUAUUCGGAGUGUCUCGAGCUCUUGGUUGCCUUUCUCAGCUGAUUUGGUCUCGUGGAAUGGGCCUGCCACUAGAAAGACCAAAGUCUCAUUCAACAGAAGGACUCAUAAAACUUGCUGCGGCCGCCACUAAGAAGUAA